ACCCUAGUCCCCUCGGCACCAUAGCUCCCCCCAGCCGUUCGUCCCCACGUCCCUUGGCCCCAUUCGGCCUUGGGAGGAAGACUUUGGUAGCAGUGGCUAUUGGCGUGGUGAUGGUCCUAAUAUUGGUAAUCCUUAUUCCUGUUCUGGUCAAUUCAGUGGGGUCUGAUGGCCACUAUGAGAUGUUGGGCACCUGCCGUAUGGUGUGUGACCCCUACCUCAGCAAAACUGGGACCACCACCACCAGUACCAGCAUUCGGGCUGGCACUGGAGCUGAACCCCUCAGUGACAGAGGACAACAAGCGCCUUCAACCUUGGUGCAAGGUCCUCAAGGCAAAGCUGGACGCCCUGGCAAGCCAGGGCCACCUGGAGAGCCCGGAGAACCAGGGCCACCGGGUCCAGUUGGACCUCCAGGAGAGCGUGGAGAGCCAGGCAAGCCUGGACCACCAGGAUUGCCAGGAGGAGGGGUGACCGGUGCUAUUAGCACAGCCACUUAUACAACAGUUCCACGUGUGGCUUUCUACGCCGGCUUGAAGAACCCUCACGAAGGCUACGAAGUUCUCAAAUUUGACGAUGUGGUCACCAACCUUGGAAACAACUACGAUGCAGCCAGUGGCAGGUUCAGCUGUACCGUACCGGGCACCUAUUUCUUCACUUACCAUGUGCUGAUGAGAGGUGGGGAUGGUACCAGCAUGUGGGCAGACCUGUGCAAGAAUGGACAGGUUCGGGCAAGCGCCAUUGCUCAAGACGCCGAUCAGAAUUACGAUUAUGCCAGCAACAGCGUAAUCCUCCACUUGGAUGCGGGAGACGAAGUCUUCAUUAAACUGGAUGGAGGCAAAGCCCACGGGGGUAACAACAAUAAAUAUAGCACCUUCUCUGGAUUCAUCAUUUACUCAGACUGAGGACUUCAUCCUGGUGAUUACCCCCGACGCCAAAAAUACUGCAAAGGAGCAAGAAGCACAAAAGAACAUCAAGAAGUAACCUUCGUAACCCCAUGUGCCCAGGACAGUAUACAGACUUCAUGUCCUUCUCCCUGUGAUCUGUAUCAUUUCAUUCAGCCAUAGUGCCGUACCUCAAGCAUUACCCCUAUCCUUUAACCAAACCCUUUUAACCUACACUUCUGUAUCUUACCUUCAAGCCUUACUACUAUACCAACCAUCUAAACCUUAGUCCUACCUACAAACCUCACUCCAGUCUCACGCUAUCGCUACAAAAACUUUUUACUCUUCCCGUCCUUGAAAGA